CCGGAAAAGUCAUGUGAUUGUUCAAAAUGGUGGCAUUCAUAGGGAAAGUGAUAGGUGUUUUCUUCGAGUAUGACACGCCAAGAAUAGUCCAUAUAAAAAGUAAAAAAGUCGGUUUCAUCAACAGAUUUUUACAGCUUUGUAUCAUUGGAUAUAUCAUUGGGUAUGCCAUAAUAUUUCAAAAGGGAUAUCAGGAGUUUGACAAUGUACAGGGAGCAAUAACAACUAAGCUUAAAGGAGUGGCAGAAACGAAGAAUGUUUCCUCUAGCAACAGUAGCCGCAUUUGGGACGUGAAUGAUUAUGUUGUUCCUCCCCAGGAAAACCUGGCGUUUUUUGUGACAACCAAUCUCAUAGUAACAGAUGGACAGCAAAUGGGAGUGUGUGACGAGGAUGGUAAGGUGGCCGGGGCAAACUGCACACUCGAUGCCAGUAUCUGUUUGCCUGGGGAACCCCUUCUCACUGGAGAUGGUUAUAUGACUGGUGCAUGUGUAGAAUCAGAUCGUUACAACAACACCAAGGUGUGUGAGGUGGUUGCAUGGUGUCCUACAGAAGACGGAAGAAAACAAUUGCCAAAUCCACCUGCUCUUGCUAUAGCUGAAAAGUUCACAGUCUUCAUCAAAAACAAUAUAGAAUUUCCCAAGUUUGGUGUAAAAAGGAGAAAUAUUGUUGGAUUUGAUGACCAAAACGAGUUACGAAACUGCAGGUUUAAGUUGGAAGAUGAUAAGUACAAGUUCUGCCCUAUAUUUGUUCUUGGAGAUAUAGCUACUUACGCUGGUACUCAAUUUGUAAACAUUGCUCAAAAGGGAGGAGUUAUUCAAAUCUUGAUAUCCUGGAACUGUAAUUUAGACCACGGUGCUGAAAAUUGCCUACCAGAGUACUCUUUUAGGAGGCUAGAUGAAGAAAAUGAUGUACUUUCUCCUGGAUAUAACUUCAGGUUUUCAAGAUACUAUAAGGAUGAGAAUGGUACAGACACCAGAACUCUGUUUAAAGCAUAUGGCAUAAAGUUUAUAUUAACUUUGCAAGGACGUGCUGGGAAAUUUAGCAUUGUCCCACUUGUGUUGAACAUUGGCAGUGGUCUUGCGCUACUCUCUGUGGCUACAAUAAUAUGUGACAUAGUUGUGCUGUACGUUUUGAAAUCAAGGGCUUUAUACAAGGAAAAGAAGUAUUUAGAAGUGGUUGGUGAUGAUGCAUAUGAGGGCUUUUCCAAUGAACACAAUGGAAAUGAGGGAUGACAGUCGAGCCGGCUGAGACCACAUUCUGACAACUCAUUUUCAUGUGGACAACACAAUUUGACGCUGUGAUACUCCUUUGAAACUUGUUGUUUCACCCGCCUAGUUCCUCACUCAUUCCUUUUAUGUUGUUUAAUGCUUUGGUGUAAUAUUUUUUGUUCUUAAGUGAUAUAAUCACGAAUUAUUAAAGGUGCUGAAUUGUAGAUUUAAACCAAAAAUUUGUUAUUGUGAUUUAAUGUUAAAAGGUACAAAGUAUAUCCACAUAGCAUAAUAUAUUGUUGUUUUCAUCUUAAAAGUCCAUAUGUAGUGCAUGAACAUUUACAUGACUUUAUAUAUAAAUACCAGGUUUUACUGAUAUUUAUGUUGACAAUGACCUAUAUCUGGGAACAAACUGGGUGUAUGUAUUGUAGUGUGUUUACCAAACUCUUAUAACAUAUCAGUACCAGUUUCAUACACAGCGUAAGUCUCACUAAACAUAGGCCAAUUUUCACAAUAAUUUCCAUAAAUAAGCCGUUAUUUUUCAUAUUGUGUUUGGCUGCACAAUUACUUCAUUCCACUAGUAGUUAUUAAAUAUGAUAAGUACAACUGUAGUAUGUUCACAGCUGUAUUUUGGUACAUCUGCCCAGUGGACCAAGUACACAUGGUGUGUACAAAAAACAAAUCACAUCCAUUCCAUUCAGACAUUUUUCUUGAAACUAAAUUUUCAAAUAUCUCCAAUAUAUAAAUAAAGACAGUGACUACAGUGCUGUAAAGGCUUAUGACAAUAAUUCAUUGAAAAUCAAUAGAAUCAGAUUUUUGGCUGAGAUUUCAAGAAAAUUAUAUUAAUCAAUACAUACAUGAUAUUUGAAAAUAUACUUAAAGUACAUUUUGAAAUAUUUUUUUCUGUUCAUACUGUUAUGUGUAUUUGUAGAUAUAAUAGAUUUCCACAAUAAUGAUGAAAAAAAACUGUUAAAACAUUAGUUUAUUAUGGAAAUUACAUAACAGAUCUAAUGUUUUUAUGAUUUAUUAUUUGUUGUAUCAUUUUAUGUCUUUAAAAAAGGAUAAGUAUUGUAUUUUAUACUGUUCAACAUUUUUGAGACCAGGGCCCAAUUUUUUGAAACUUCUUAAGUUCCUUAACAACAGGAUUAAGCUUAGCUCAUUAUUUUUGUUUUGCAAUAAUUUGCGUAAUAUUAACUUCUUUAAGAACUUUUAUACUUUAGAUAGGAAUUAAAUUUAUAAUUAUCACAAUAAACCAUUUUCCUUUCAUGAAAGUUCAAUUUCUAAUUGAAAUAAGCUUCUUAAGCCUGUUAAGCUUAUUUUUUUUUUCGAGAAAUCGGGGCCCGUACGUUCCUUAAAUAAGACACUGUUUUCAGUUUGAAUUAAUUGCAUGUUUUUUUGGAUUAUCUGCUACUUGUUUUUGUGAUAUUGGCAAUGGUCAUCCGUCAUUCAGCCUCCUGUAUGAUCAUAUGUUAGCUACUUGUUUUUUUGGACAUUGGCAAUGGUCAUCCGUCAUUCAUCCUCCUGUAUGAUCAUAUGUUAGGUAGUUGUUUUUGUGAUAUUGGCAAUGGUCAUCCGUCAUUCAUCCUCCUGUAUGAUCAUAUGUUAGGUAGUUGUUUUUGUGAUAUCGGCAAUGGUCAUCCGUCAUUCAGCCUCCUGUAUGAUCAUAUGUUAGCUACUUGUUUUUUUGGACAUUGGCAAUGGUCAUCCGUCAUUCAUCCUCCUGUAUGAUCAUAUGUUAGCUACUUGUUUUUGUGAUAUUGGCAAUGGUCAUCCGUCAUUCAGCCUCCUGUAUGAUCAUAUGUUAGCUACUUGUUUUUUUGAUAUCGGCAAUGGUCAUCCGUCAUUCAGCCUCCUGUAUGAUCAUAUGUUAGCUACUUGUUUUUGUGAUAUCAGCAAUGGUCAUCCGUCAUUCAGCCUCCUGUAUGAUCAUAUGUUAGCUAGUUGUUUUUGUGAUAUCGGCAAUGGUCAUCCGUCAUUCAGCCUCCUGUAUGAUCAUAUGUUAGCUACUUGUUUUUGUGAUAUCAGCAAUGGUCAUCCAUCAUUCAGCCUCCUGUAUGAUCAUAUGUUAGCUACUUGUUUUUGUGAUAUGGGCAAUGGUCAUCCGUCAUUCAUCCUCCUGUAUGAUCAUAUGUUAGCUACUUGUUUUUGUGAUAUCAGCAAUGGUCAUCCAUCAUUCAGCCUCCUGUAUGAUCAUAUGUUAGCUACUUGUUUUUGUGAUAUGGGCAAUGGUCAUCCAUCAUUCAGCCUCCUGUAUGAUCAUAUGUUAGCUACUUGUUUUUGUGAUAUGGGCAAUGGUCAUCCGUCAUUCAGCCUCCUGUAUAAUCAUAUGUUAGCUACUUGUUUUUUGUGAUAUCAGCAAUGGUCAUCCAUCAUUCAGCCUCCUGUAUGAUCAUAUGUUAGCUACUUGUUUUUUUGAUAUCGGCAAUGGUCAUCCGUCAUUCAGCCUCCUGUAUGAUCAUAUGUUAGCUACUUGUUUUUUUGGACAUUGGCAAUGGUCAUCCGUCAUUCAUCCUCCUGUAUGAUCAUAUGUUAGCUAGUUGUUUUUGUGAUAUCGGCAAUGGUCAUCCAUCAUUUAACCUUCUGUAUGAUCAUAUGUUAGCUACUUGUUUUUUGGACAUUGGCAAUGGUCAUCCAUCAUUCAACCUUCUGUAUGAUCAUAUGUUAGCUAGUUGUUUGCAUGCAAUUCGAAACAUAUUUUCCAACCUGGCUGCUGAUAUCUCCCAGCAGUUUCUAUUGUUUUAUUUAUAGCUGUAUGUAUAGCUAUAAUAGGAGCCUGUUGUAAAUAUACAGCUGUAGUCAUAUGUAUAGCUAUAAUAGGAGCCUGUUGUAAAUAUACAGCUGUAGGUGUAUUUUUUGCAGUGAAAGUAUUGCUAAUCCUGUUCUUCAUAGCUGCAGCUAUACUUUUGAAUGAAACAACAACUAACAAUUAUUUGCUACAAGUAUACAGCUGGUGGCUUAAGCUAUAUUUAAUAGAUUUCUAUUGUAAUAUUGUAACCAAUGUAACCAAUUUAAAAAGUGGCUCAGUAACAGUGAGACCAAAAUAUAGCUUCAACUAUUAAUUUAUAGCUACAGAUGUAUAUGAAAAUACAGUUACAGCUGCUUUUGUUGUUAAUAAACAACUAGACCUGUACUUUUGGUGCACAAAGUAUUGUUACAGCUGUAUUUUGUACUUAGCUAUACUUUGAAAAUCAACUGCCAUAAAUUACAGCAAUGACUGAAAAUAUAAAACUGUAGGGUCUGUAGGUCACUUUGUCAUAUUGUAUUUUUUGAGUCACCAAGUACCUUAGAGUUGGAAGUAGUUUUCUUGGUAAGGUAUAGCACACCAGCUCCUUGUUUAAAAUAUUUGUGAUGUUGUGCUUCUUACAUGUGUGAAUUAAUGAGUGUUUUUCCCAACAUUGUCCCCAUGUCCGAAUAGCCUGUGUCAGUUGAACAAUAAUCACAUUUGGAUAAUUUAUUAUCAAAAUACCUGAACUAUUACAUAAAAGGUAUGUAAUAUGUUAUGUGCAAUUACUUAUCACAUUGUCCACUUUUGGAUCAUAUUGUGUUGUCUUGUAUUAAUUCAAGUGAAAUAUUCAUCAAUUGCAAAAGUGAAAACCAGUUUUCAUGUUGCCAACAGUCCUUUUCAAACACUGUAAUGGUUACAUAUCAUAUUUAUGUCAUUGAUAUAUAUUUUUGAAAAUCACCUUUAUUGUGUUGUAAUAUUCUUUUAGAAUAGAAAUGAUUUCCUGGUUUAUUCUGGGUCGUGUCUCAAUACUUUGGUUGACCAUACAAUAGGUGUGGGCCUGAACAGGGUUUGGUGGAAAGAACAAGACCAACAUAAUGAUUGUGUGAAGUAAAUGGUCCCUAUGCUGAGGAAGACACGACCAAGUCACCAUUAAAGAACCAAGCCCUCCAUGUGUAAAAUAAAAGCAAUUCCAAUUUCACAGCAGCUUGCAUGAUUUCAGAUGACAAGAAACCACCAAAGUGAUAUAGUAAUUUAUCUACAUGUAUUAAUAAUGACCUCCAAAUAAACUUCAAAUAAACAGUAAAUCACACAUGCACGAUUUCAUAAUGGUUGUGAUCUGGUGUGUAUUUCAUUCUGACGGCUGUAUAAACUAAACUUACAAUGGGUAAUUAAUCAUGACAAUGAACAUGAUUUCAUUAGAUCUAGGUUUUCAGGACACCAGCACGUUGAUGGUAUACUGAUCCAUUUUCUAGUGAAGGUUGACAGUUAAUUGCAGGUACAGCAACAUCAUUCAAAAGGCAUUAAUAAAAUGUUUCAGUGGGCCAGUAGGACGGCAAUAUACAUUUGUUAAACAAGGCUAGAAGUUUCAAUUUACUCUCCCUCAUAAAAAAUGACUUUAUUUAAGAUGAAACUAUAUACAUUGUAUGUGGUAAUCAGAUAACUUAGUGUUUCCUAUUAAAUAAUUGAUAAAAUAUAUUACUAUGAAGUCAAAUCGCUCUUUGUCUCUUAAGAUAGAGGACUUAAAUUAUUUACUUGUUUGAUAACGUUGGUAAGCGUAACCAUGUUAUAACUACAUUGGAAUUGAUGAUUGGUUUAAGUUUUAACCGUGAACCAAUAUGGGCAAUUUAUGAUUUUUUGCUGUCCGUUGGUGUUCAUUGUAUAAAUAUUUCAACCAUGCAUCACAGAAAUGAUCAAUUAUUGGUCCUCUCCCAGCUGUGUUCAAAUGACUAUAUCAUGCAGACAACCUGUUGUUAAUUGUGAUAGCAGGAAUAUGAAAAUGAUUGUAGAUUAUUGCCUUUUUGUUGGUUUCCAGAUUUUUUAUUAUUGUCAAUUCAAACUUGAAGUCCUUGUAAAUAUGGUUUAUAUGUUAAAUGUGUAUAGACUGUAGACAUUACAGCACAAUAAAUAUUUACCAUA